CUGUGAAGCCGCCUCACUGGGGUUGGGGGGGGGAAUUGUGCAGGCGCUCUCGAGGCCUCGGUGUCCGCCGUGUCUGUCGUCUUUUCUGUAGGGGCUCUCGGGGGCCCGUAAGGCGGAUCAAGCGGAGCCGGAACAUUCACCCCUCACAUCGCCGCCGCUACGUCACUUCCGUCGCGGUGUGACACACGGAGCGGAAACGCCGCCCUGCUUUUUGAACAAGCUUUAUUGUUUCGGAGAGUGGACACAGACGCAGCUUCCUGUGCAGCGCAGUGUUCGGAAGAGCUCCCUGUGCGCUAUGUUUUAUCAUAUCUCAUUGGAACAUGAAAUUCUCCUGCACCCAAGAUAUUUUGGACCAAAUCUUCUUAAUACAGUGAAGCAGAAGCUUUUCACUGAGGUGGAAGGGACAUGUACUGGCAAGUACGGUUUUGUGAUUGCAGUUACCACCAUUGACAAUAUUGGCGCGGGCGUUAUCCAGCCUGGCAGGGGCUUUGUGCUGUAUCCUGUCAAGUAUAAGGCCAUUGUUUUCCGACCCUUUAAAGGAGAAGUGGUAGAUGCAGUUGUUACCCAAGUUAACAAGGUUGGAUUGUUCACAGAAAUUGGACCUAUGUCCUGCUUCAUCUCUAGACAUUCGAUCCCAUCUGAAAUGGAGUUUGAUCCAAAUUCUAACCCACCGUGUUACAAGACUGUAGAUGAGGAUGUUGUUAUUCAGCAGGAUGAUGAAAUUCGACUUAAAAUUGUUGGAACCAGAGUGGAUAAGAACGACAUAUUUGCUAUUGGUUCUUUGAUGGAUGAUUAUUUGGGUCUGGUCAGCUGAUGUGCAUCGUAUUCUUCCACUUGGACCACGUUUUUUUUUUUUUUACAUUGUGUAGAUUUCAGCUGAUGCGUACACUUUGUAGCACUACAGCUGGCACUGUUGCUGAAUCGGUUUAGAUAUUUGAACAUGUGAAGCUCUGUUCUUGAUAGAAUCUUAUUUUAUUAAAGAAACUUGAUAAAA